AUGUAUAGCGGCAAUUCACUUAGGAGUACAAUUGCAGUGGGUAAUGACAAGAAGCGACAGCGGGUCUACAACACUAUGUUUCAUGUGCCUUGGAGAUGUGAAUGGCAGGAUUCUUUGUCUGCUUUGGAUUCCUUUCUGUCUUUGCUCACCAUUAUACCUGCAAGAAUUGUGAUGACAGUUUGGCGAGUGCUGAACACUAGAGGAGCUCCCAACUCACGCCCUAGAGUGCGAGGAGGAAGCAGGGGGUGGUGGCCUGGCAUGGAACGCGUCAAAAUCCCUUGCCGCGCGGGGCGCAGAAAUGGGAGAGGAUGCCGGUAG